AUGGCCACAUUUGCAUCGUACUCCGCUCUAGGCACUAACGACAGGUCAAAAGUCAGCGCAGCUCUUCAGUCUAUCGUCGCUGGUGCAGGAACUCGCGAUCGGGUAUUGCUCAUACAGGUGUUGCUGGACGACGUCGCAGAUGGAAGGGGCAGGAUCGGUCAGAAGGAGACAACCCAGGCUCUGCUGGCUGCGAAGGUCCUUGCUCGGGUACCCGAAGGUGCUCAGGUGUUCGGCCAGACCAAAAACCUCCGUGCAUUCCUCAAAGUCGUCAAAUCCGUUUCUCUCCCUACCGACGCACAGUCAGAGGCCAUGCGUUGCGUAGCCAACGCCCUCUUGCUCGUCCCGUCCGCGAGACAAGAGUGGAUCAAUAUCGGCGGGGCCGAUGCUUGCAUAGACAUUCUAGAGAGAGAUCAUUAUAGCCCCGAAAUGUAUUUCCCCGCAGCCCGCAUCGUAUACCUCAUUACUGUCGCUCGUACACCCUACAUUGUAAAGAUGGUCGAUCAUUACCGUAUUAUGGACACCCUUUCACGGCGCCUGGAAAGUAUCUUCGAAACUUUCCCUAUCACUUCCCCAUGGACACGGGAAGCAAUGACCGAUCUGCUCAAGAUCACGUUUAACAUGACACUACAAUAUCCUCGUAUAGUCGACGAGACCCCCGGCGGCAGCAAUCGGGUGCUCGGAGAGCUCUGGGAUGACAAGUUUACAGUAAUUGUUCCUACCCUUUUACGACUCUAUCACGGCCUUCCACCUACGUCAGUACCCCUCACAGCGCCCCUCACGCAUGUUAUCCACGUACUCCUCAACGUCCCCGUCGAAUCCUUCAGCUCCCUUUUGUUCCCUCCCCGGUCUUCCCCUUCCAGCCCGAACGGUCACGCGCACCACCCACCUGAAUCCUUUGGCCAGCGUGCGCUCAACUACCUUCAACGGCGCUCCAUCUCCUCCGACAGACAUCCCUUCAUCACUGGGCGCCGUUCCCCGCCUCAACAGAGCACUGACACAUUCAAGCGGAGCAUGGAGCUGCUCAACACAGCCCUUGCGCACUACUUCCCUUCCUCCGACUUGCAGAUAACGGAACCGGACGAUCCCAAGGUCCGGCUCAUGGCAAAGAAGGAAGAUGUGAAUGUCGAUGAGGCUCUAUCGCCUUUAGCUCUGUUCAUACAACGGCUCGUGGCGGGCAACGAUACGAUAAAAAUGAGGGCAAGGAUGGGUUUGCUCCCUCCUGAUCUUGACCGCUCAACACCCUUGGAAAGGAGACCAGACCUCCUAGGAAGGCUUGUACGGCUGCUCACUUCUGUCCAUAUGUCUCGGUUGAAGGACGCGGUGGGGGAGCUUCUAUAUGCUAUGUGCGACUCGAAUGCUGAGCACCUCGCCGCCGCAAUCGGGUACGGAAACGUCGCUGGAUUCUUAUUCAACAAGGGAAUUAUGAUCCCACCACCGGACUCCGUCGACUCCGACGUGAACCCCAUCACGGGCACAAGCACAUCCACCGCCCCGAUCAUAGAUUUCAACACACCCAUGACAGAGGAAGAGAAGGAAAUAGAGGCAGAGCGUCUGUUCGUCCUCUUCGACCGGCUUGAGCGCUCAGGCUACGGGGUGAACCCCGUUCGAGCAGCGCAGCAAGAAGGCCGAUUCCAGGAAAUCGAAUGA